AUGGCGUCAGAGAAUAACAUCCCACUGGUGCAGAUGCCGCAGCAAGCGGGUGUGCGACAACCGGAAGACGACUGGACGGGGGUUAUUGACCGGACCGAGCGGCGAAAAUUGCAGAACCGACUGAAUCAAAGGACUUAUCGAUUACGACGGCGUCUGGAGCGUAGCGAACAAGAACAGCUGACAGCAGCCAUGCCUAUCCGAGUCACGAAAUCCGACAUGGGCUUUGUCUGCACUUCCGCUCCGCCCCACGCAGACAUGCUGAUGCGUCAACUCGAAACCAUGGCGUAUACCAGCUACAUCACCAACUCGCCCCAGACGGACCACCUUCUCACUUUAUCCAAGGUGGGCGUUCAACGGGCGAUUAUCGAAAACACACGCUCCAUCGGGAUGACAAUGGAGUGGAUGAAGGACGAUAAUUCCAUUUCCAUCUUCAAGCUGCUGAUUCCCGGUUUCUCGGAGGGAAACAUCCCUGUCAGUCUUCGUCCGACGGAGAUGCAGCGACGAAUACCGCACCAUCCGUGGCUGGAUUUCUUUCCGUUCCCGACCUUCAGGGAUAAUCUCAUUGCGGUGCAGGACGAUAUUGACGACGAGGAUUUGUGCCACGAUUUGAUGGCGUUUUGGGAUACACACAAUACCCGUGCCACCAUGUUAGUAUGGGGACAGCCAUGGGACCCAGCCAACUGGGAGAUGACCGAGGCAUUUCUGGACAAAUGGGGGUUUUUGCUAGUGGGAUGUGACGACUUGUUCCGGAGCAGUAAUUAUUGGAGGGCCCAGCGUGGGGAGAAAGCUCUGACUUGGCGGUUGCAUUAG